AUGGCCAGCUAUAGCAAGCGCGCGCUGCAACACUUUGCGUCGAUUGACUUGCCGGAACCGCAACACUAUCUGUCACGCAAGGGCCAGCGCCGUAAGGAGCGCAAGGACCGGAUCAAGCGCAUCAAAGCCUUGGCCGGCGAAGAGGGUCAAGGCUCUGCAGCUGAAGGCGGCAGCGCCGCUCCAGCCAAGCGUGCCAAAGCACAAACCCGCGCCGAUCAGGCGCUCGAGGCGCUCGAACAAGCACCUCGGCGAGCCCAGUCUUGGGAGGAAGAAAAGCCCGAUGAAACGACGCGCCUUCCCAUCAAGGUCAACCGCAAAGUGCAUGCUCUACCCAAACGUGAAGUCGCCGCCACUCCUGCGACCGAUGCGGCCUCGGAUGCUGGGGACGACACUUCCCUAAACGACACGGGCCCAGAUUUCCCUGAAGCGACCGAGGAAGAACCUGUCAAUGCCUUUGUAUCCCGCGAAAAACGGCUGCAAGCGGCCAAGGAAGAAAUCGCCCGCCUCUGUAGCUCCAUAAUUGAGGACCCAGAAGGCCGGCACAAGCUUCUGGCCGACCUGCUGGAACUCUGCAGGUGCAAGCAGCAGGGUAUUGCACAUACCGUCAAAAAUCUCGCCAUCCUCUCCACCGCUGCCGUCUUCAAGGACAUCAUUCCUGGCUAUCGUGUGCGCUCUCUGAGUGAAAAGGAGCGCGACUCCGUCGUGAGCAAAGACGUGGCCAAGCUUCGGGCCUUUGAACAAGGCCUCCUCACGCACUACCAAGCCUUUCUGAAGUUGCUGCACAACACCAUCAAGCCCCUGAUGCAUGCUUUCAAGCAACUCAAAGUUCCUAACAUUGGAGCUCUGGAGAAACACGUUCGCGUGCUUGGCCUUUGCGCCGUCGGCUGCCUCAGCGACCUUUUGGCCGAGGCCUUCCAUUUCAACUUUCGCAAUAACAUCAUCGAAACGCUCGUGCCUCUCAUGACGGGCAACUACGGCCCUGAGGUGAAGAAACGCUCUCUCAAGGCCGCUCGCACCGUCAUCAUCAGUGACGAUGCCUACGACGCAACAUUGGAUCUGGUCCGCUCAAUCUGCACCCACGUAAAGGCAAUCAAGUUUGAGUGCGAUCCCGAGGCAAGUGAAUUCAUUGCAAAGGCUAAGUCAUGGACGCUGUCUUUUCGGCGCAUUCUACGACUCCUUCUCCUUUUGCGCAUCCAGGACCGCCACGUGCGCAACAAAGCCGAUGCGCAAAAACAUGCUCGUCGCAAUGAGGUGAUGGGCAACCUCAAGAAGAGCAAAGACAAACAUGCAACUCGUCGCAAGCGCAAGGAACUCAAGGCCGAAAAGCAGUUGAGCAAGGAACUUUUGGAGAUUGAAGCAACCACCAACACGAAGCGUCUCUCACAUAAUCAAACACAGAUUCUGGCACAGAUGUUCGCCGUCUUCUUCCGCGUUCUCAAGUUUGCCCAGCACUCGCCCAUCCUAUCUGUGGCACUGGAGGGCUUGGGCCGGUUUGCCCAUCUCAUUGACACCAACUUUUACGAUGACAUUUUCCGCGCCCUCGAGGACUUGAUCGGCAACGAGCAGCUGACGCUGGGUGCGACGCUUUCCUCAAUCAAAGCAGCCUUUCGCAUUCUAUCUGGUGAAGGUCGCUCCCUGACCGUUGACCCUAGUCGUUUCCUGGUUGCCCUCUUUCGCUGUCUGGCGGAAUUACCGACCGAACCCCAACACUUUCACUUGGCUCUUGAUUGCAUCAACAGCACACUUUUGCGCCGUGUCGAGAUUUCUGUGGAGCGUGUUGCCGCCUUUGCUAAGCGCCUGUUGGUCGUGAGUCUGCACAUGGAGCACCACAACGAAGUCGCGGCCUUGGUCAUGGUGAAGCUUUUGCUCCAGAAAUAUCCCCGUUUGCAGCCCAUGCUCGACAACGAUACGCUGGCCACCGGCGUGUACAUGCCAGAGAUGGAGUCACCCGAGCAUACCAAUGCACUAACCACAGCACUAUGGGAGCUGGAGUUUCACCAGGACGGGCCCGGGCACCCUGCCCUUGGACCAUGCCCGAACUACGGCACGGGAUAUGCUGAUAAAGCUGCAUCCCCGCCGCUUUGA